CUCUCAUAGCCGGAGUAGUCCCCGGAGAGAGUUCCGAUUUCGGGCCGGAUCCAUUAACGGUUGCAGUUGAGCCCCAUUAAUGCCUAUCAGAAGGAUGUGAUCGACCGGCGCCUCUCACCUCCGACUGCUGACGGUCUAGCGUUUGGAAGAAUUGUUUGGAUAAUCAUUUCCUGUUUGAUCCAAAUUGCAGGCAAUAGUUGUUCCCAGUAUCAGCUCCUAGUGGUCAACAUAUCAGUAUGUUCAUCACUUACCUUUUCUUAGGAAAUGCUUUACAAAUACAUUUCAGGAAAGGAAAAGCAAAUAGAGAAAAAAGAAAAAGAAAAAGAAAGAGGGAAGUGUCCUGCUUGUUUUUGAAAGUUAUUUGGGUGAUUGGCCCUCUCACUAACGCAUUUUAAUUACUAAUUUCUACUUUCCACACCUUAAUGAAUGUUAACCUGUGAAGAGUAGAAAAUUGUACUCGCGCCUUUUUGGAAUUAUUAUAGAGGGUUUUUUUACCUUGUGCACAAGUUAAGAACAUUUUUUUAGUAUUAAUUGUCAUUGAAAAAAUAAAAUUAGAUAUUUAUU